AUGGCUGUGCCUUCCGUCGUGGCUACGUUUGCUGCCCGCUUGCUCCGCCCCGCGUGGAGCUGCCGGUCCGCCUCUCGGCAGUGCGAAGUGAAGCUAGCCCAGCAGAUCAAGCAAGAAGUGCGGCAGGAGGUGGAACAGGGGGUGGCAUCGGGCAACAAACAGCCACACCCGAGUGUGGUUCUGGUCGGUGAGAACCCUCCUAAUCACUCCUACGUCCUCCCCAAGACCAGGGCCGCUGCAGACGUGGGAAUCAGCAGUGGAACCGUCUUGAAGCCCGCUGCAAUUUCCGAGGACGAGCUGCUGGACUUAAUCAGUAAACGGAAUGGCAAUGAUGUAGAUGGCCUCCUUGUGCAGCCUCCUCUCCCAGCGCACAUCUGCACUGCUGUUUCUCCAGACAAGGACGUCGACGGCUUCUGCAUCAUUAACGUCGCCCGGAUGUGUCCGGACCAGGAUUCCAUGUUACCUGCUACCCCAUGGGGCGUGUGGGAAAUAAUUAAACGAACAGGAAUUCCAACCCUAGGGAAGAAUGUAGUUGUGGCUGGGAGGUCCAAGAACGUUGGCAUGCCCAUUGCCGUGUUAUUGCACACUGAGGGUGCCCAUGAGCGCCCUGGAGGUGAUGCCACUAUGACGAUAUCUCAUCGGCACACUCCCAAAGAGCAGCUGAAGAAACACACCAUUCUUGCAAACAUUGUGGUGUCUGCUGCAGGCAUUCCGAAUCUGAUCACAGCAGACAUGAUCAAGGAAGGAGCAGCUGUGAUCAAUGUUGGAAUAAAUAGAGUUCAAGAUCCCGUAACUGCUAAACCCAAGUUAGUUGGAGAUGUGGUUUUCGAAGGAGUGAGGAAGAAAGCCGGGUACAUCACUCCAGUCCCCGGCGGUGUUGGCCCCAUGACAGUGGCGAUGCUCAUAAAGAACACCAUCAUUGCUGCCAAAAAGCUGCUGAGACCGGAGGAGUGGGAAGUGAAGUCGAAAGAGCGUGGAGUCGCAUCCAACUAA